AUAGUUGUACCAAAAACUACUUCACUUGAAAACUUUCAUCGUUGCGCUUCUCGUGUGUCACUUUAGUAGCCAGAGGCUAUCAUGGUAAACAAACAAGGUCUAAGCUGGCGGAAUUACUGACUACUUAACAAUUUAUUAAGUAUAAGAGGAAAUAAUUAUGACAGCGGGUGCAACGUAGUCGAGGAGGGUGUUAAGACCUCUGCAAGAUGUCCAUGAUUGCAGGUCACCGACAAAAUAGUACUCAUUCUACAAGGAAAAAGGUUCAGAUUUCUUUUGUAAUUCGAGAUGAGGUAGAGAAAUUUCACCGUUCUUCGGUUAAUUCCCUUCAGUAUGAUGCACAUCUCCAACGGCUAUACUCUGCCGGUAGAGAUUCCUUCAUACGAAUAUGGAACUGCAAAAACCAGAAGGAGCCUUACAUUCAGUCCAUGGAACAUCAUACAGACUGGGUUAAUGACAUUGUUCUUUGCUGUGGAGGAAAAAACUUAAUAUCAGCUAGUUCGGAUACAACAGUUAAAGUCUGGAAUGCUCAUAAGGGUUUUUGCAUGUCAACAUUGAGAACCCACAAAGACUAUGUGAAAGCACUGGCGUAUGCACGUGAUAGAGAGCAAGUUGCUUCAGCAGGGUUAGAUAAAGCCAUAUUCUUAUGGGAUGUUCAGACAUUAACAGCACUUACAGCGAGUAAUAAUACAGUCACAACAUCUUCACUCAAUGGUAAUAAAGAUUCCAUCUACAGCCUGGCAAUGAAUGCUCCAGGUACAGUUAUUGUUAGUGGCAGUACUGAAAAACAGCUUCGAGUUUGGGAUCCCCGAACGGGUAACAAGUUGAUGAAGCUAAAAGGGCACACAGACAAUGUUAAAGCACUCUUAGUAAAUCGGGAUGGAACACAAGUUUUAUCAGGUAGCUCAGAUGGUACGAUAAAGUUAUGGUCUUUGGGUCAGCAGCGUUGUAUCACCACAAUUCGGAUCCAUGAGGAAGGCAUUUGGGCAUUACAGGCAAAUGAAUCAUUUAGCACAGUGUUUUCGGGUGGCCGAGAUAAGCGAAUAUACAUGUGUGAAACUCGCUCACCAGAUAAGCAUGUUUUGCUCUGUCAGGAAUCAGCACCAAUAUUGAAAAUGCUUUUAACUCCAGAUAACUCAUCCUUGUAUGUAGCUACAACCAACUCGGCUAUUAAAUGUUGGCCGUUGAACAAUAGGUUAUCACAUGUUGAAGAUUAUUAUGAUAAUGAAGAUGAACCAGAACUACGUCCUGUAAUGACACAACCUGACUGGAGCAUUCGUGGCGGUCCGUCCAUCAAGCAGUAUGCUGUGCUCAAUGACAAGCGCCAUCUUCUAACUAGAGACACUGAGGAAAAUGUAGUAAUAUGGGACAUCCUUAAGGCAGUAAGAGUUGAAGAACUAGGAAAAAUUGACUUUGAAAGUGAAAAAGAAAAGAGAAAUAAGUCUAUAUAUGUUCCUAGUUGGUUUACAGUUGAUCUGAAAACUGGGAUGCUGACUAUUCAUUUAGCAGAGAAGAGAGAUGAAGUGGAUUGUCUGUCCGCAUGGGUUUCAGCUAAGGAUGCAGAUUUUCCUACACAAGAUGGCGUUGAUCAAAAAAUAAACUAUGGAGAACUGCUACUGAAGGCCUUAUUCGAACACUGGCCAAGAACCUAUCUCGCAGAAGAAAGUGAGAGUGGUGAUGAAGGAGAAGGGGGUGUUGCAAAUCACAAUGGCCAUACUCCGCGACCAGGCAACGAAUAUUUUAGCAUUCCUCCUCAUACACCUGUUAUAAUAAGUGAAAUUCAGGGCCGCACAUUAUAUAGAUUGCUGUGUGGUGAUGCUGGUGGGGAUACUGAAGGAGUUCUUUUAAAUGAAUCGGUUCCACCAUGGGUACUUGACAUUGUGGUGAAGAAGAAUACUCCCAAGCCAAAAAACAAAGUUUACUUUUUUCUGCUUCCUCAUGCAUCAUCGGGGAUUAAAAGAGAAAAGAAGGAUCGACUGAGUGCUAAUGAUUUCAUUCAAAUUCGUAAAGUUCAGGAACAUGUAUAUGAAAAAGUUCUUGGAGGUGGCAGUGAUUCAGGUUCAACAACCAACAACAAUGAUCGAGGCAGCGAUGAUAAAGCAGAAACAGCUUCCAUUGCUGAAGAGCGAGUUCAGCUGCUGUGUAAUGAUAAGGUCUUAGACCCCAACAUGGACCUCCGGACUGUUCAGCAUUUCAUCUGGGGCAACACAUCUCAAGACCUUGUUUUAUUUUAUCGACCAAUCAAGUGAAAUCCUGUAUGUGCAUGCGAUACCAUUCCUUCUAUUCCAGUAAUGUGUUGGAUAAAGUUGCUGUCAGCGAGAUUCCGUUGUCCGUAAAUUUUUGGUACAACACAUUUGUUAUUUGUUACUCCCUAGGAGUUAUUGGUUUGUUUGAUAUAUGAUAGGAUAAAAAUAUGAACCUGAAAUGCCAAACCUGUUAGACUGUGAGUCAUGUACAUUAACUUCAUUUUCACUGUAUAGAAUCAUUCACUUUCUUUAUGAUACUUUGUUUCAUGUAUGUAUAUUUAAUUUACAUUAAUGGAUGGGAUAUAUUAUCAUCCUUUGAUUAAGAAUGGAUGGGAUAUAUUAUCAUCCUUUGAUUAAGAAUGGAUGAGAUAUAUUAUCAUCCUUUGAUUAAGAAUGAAGAUGCAAUUUUAUAAGAGUAGCAUAAUGUGCUCUGCUGCUAUUCAUAAAUAGUGUUGCUGAAGGGUGAUAAGAAACUCCUUUGCAGUUUGAUGGCAGAAAAUGAAAAUCCCAGUGCUUUAAUUGCCUGGCUCAAUUUUUAUGAACUGUGGCUCUUAGGUGGCAAAGACAUAUUAACAACAAUUUGUUUGAAUUGAUUUAAUGGUGAUGAUCAAAGGAGAUUCACAUGGAGAUCAGGGGUAAGAUGUUAAACCAAAUUGAAUCAAUUAAUACUACUGGAAAAUAUGACUUAUUCUAUAAAUUUGGUAAUGCAAUAAGUAGCCUUCAAGUUUUCUUCAUGCAAUAGAUCACCUAAAGGGUCAAUGUAUUUAUUUUUUCCAAGUUGAGAACAGAACUUUAAGGCUCCUCUGCUCAUUAAGAAAUGAUUACUGGGCCUUCAAUGUCUCACUGCAACUGUGAAUAUUAUGUGGAAUAUACUGAGAAUUCUGGAAAUAUGGGCUAUUUAAAAACAUAUUUUAGCUUGAAUGCAAUGAAUUCAUUGUUUUCAUUGCUUUUUAGGGGUAUUCUUGCAUUAAAUAUAUACACAACAUGAUAACUAUGUGCAAAUUGAACUGUGGUGAUAUAAUCUUGUGGGGAUUUAUAUCGUGUAUUGUGCAUAGAUAUGUUUAUUAUUGUUCAAUUCUAAUUUAUUUUUCUAACCAAAUUAUGUUUCUGUGUAUGUGUGUGUUUGUGAAUGGCAGAACACACUAGAGGAUGCUAUUUUAUACAACUGGGGGUAUUUGAUAAUGAAAGGUGAAUGUUUAGUGGGUCUGUUGGUAACGUAUCUUCUAUUCUCUGAAUAUGCUUGACUCUGUUUAAUUUUUAUUAUAUGUAGGAGUGUGUUUAAGCUUAGAAAACUAAUUUUUGCUUGCUUGUGAUCAACCAUUUCUUGCUUCCACCUGAAGUAAAACUUCUGCUUCUGAUAUCAGGGUUUAUCUUGGCUAAUGAAUGAUUUUAUUGAACCAGAAAUGUAUAGUUGUUAAAUACAAUGCUGACAGUAUGUUUCCCCAAGUAAUGAUGGCCAUAAUUUUUUUUUAUUUUAUUUUCCUGAUUUAAAUAAUGUAGUAUAAUUCAUUCACGGCUGGAGAUGUUUGAAUAUAUAGAUAAUUAUUCACAGCUACAGAACUGCUGUAUCUACAUAUAGUUCUCUAUGUGCAGUAUGUUGGCUGUAUAUGCAAAAAUACCCUGCCAGUUUGUCCCAUGAAAUAGUUCAUUGUCUAAUAAUUUUCAGAUGGAGGAUUAUUAUUAAUUUUCACAAAUACUCUAGAAUUUUGUCCCAUCAGAAUUACCUUCAACUGAAUGAGUACAAAGACUAAGAAAGAAUAGGAGAGGGAUACCUACCCAAUUAAUGCUCAUCUUUUCAUGCCAGGUUUAUUGAAUGUUUAUGUAAAGGUAUUUUUGUCACUACUAUAUUAUGAAGAGAAUGCUACAAGUCAGGUUACUUGAUAGUGAUUCUCUCUCUCUCUCUCUCUCUCUCUCUCUCUCUCUCUCUCUCUCUCUCUCUCUCUCUCUCUCUCUCUCUCUCUCUCUCUCCUCUAAUUUCUUGAUAUAAACAGUUUAGUGUCAUUCUUAAUUAUGGACUUAGUAGUAUAUCCAAACCACUGAGGUCUUGAGAUCCAAUUUGGAUUUACAGUGCAGGUCCACAAGAUUUGUCUCUGAAAGGUAGGUGCAACCAGAGCAGCAAAAGUACAAGUUGGACACCAAGGUGACAGACCAAAUGGAAGUGAUUUAAAGCAAACCUUUUGUGCUGCUGCAGCAGGCUGUGGAAACCUUAAAAGUAGUUGAAGACCAUUGAGUUAAUGUUAUAGAUUCUUAGGACUUGCUGGGAGUUGUUCUUAAAUGAUAAAUGAAAAUGAUAGGUUUGUAAAGUAAAAAAAACUAGAAACCAGGGUACUAUUUAAAAUUACAAGGCAGACACCAAGUUUUGCCUGGGAGCUGAAGGGAUGGUUCAGAGAGCCCAUUACCAUCUAGUGUGAGGUUUAGAAUGAAAUAAGAAAAAAAUGUAGCAUGUUUUAUUUUUAAAUCAUUACCUUGAAUUUCCUCUAAGCAGUUAGAUUGUAGGUACACUUACUUCAAGCAGUGUUCUUUUAUUUGAUUUAGUUUCUCUUAAAGAAUGCACAUACAAGAAAUGUCUAAUAGGGGUAGGUUGUAGUUAUAGCACUGUUAAUAGAGGGUUUAGUACUAAUAGUCUUGAGGACUAUCUUUAUGGUGCAUAGCUAAUUCACAAUUUUUUUUUUUCAUUAAAAGCUUUUAUAUUUCUUUAUGUUAGAAUUACAGUUUAUGGAAAAUAUACUGUGUGCAUUUUGAGUUAAUGGGAAGUACCCAUGAAGAUAUGCUUGGUAAUCAUUUACAGUGUACCAUUUAGACAAAUGUGGACCAAGGAAAACUUUUUACGUAUUGACAUGUGGCUAUUCAUGUCAGAAAUCUUAUGUAUAUACAUAUCAGCUUCACUUGUUAUUAAAAGGUAGAAUAUUUCAUAUAUUCGAACUGUUAUUUACCAAAAUUUAUUUGUAUAGGUUCUUUGUUUUGGAGUAAAUGGAUCACCUAAUAAGUUUUGCCUACCAUGCAGAGGCCUUUUGACUGUGAGAUGCAAACUUGGCAUGGGUUCAUUCUCUCUUUAAAGAAAGUAUGUAAUUUGGGGUUUAAACAAUGUAUAUUUUAUUGCCAUUUCAUGUCCAAGAUAGAGCCAUAGUAAAUAAGUUUGAGGUUAUCAUUAUGAUACUAAAAGUAAGAUUGUGGAAGUGAGAGUAGGCAUCUGUUAUUUAAAAACAAAAUAAAGUGUUGGAAAUAGACCACAGUAUUUACAAUGCUAAUAUAAUUAGAACCUUGGUACAACAGAUUGGAAACUGGUAGUCAAGACCCAAAGGUUUUAGAAUAUUUUUGGGUCGUAAGAAAUAUGUUUGGAGAAUACUCCCUCAGUGCAGGAAUUUCCUUGGACAGUGUCAGAAAUGAAGAAUGGAUCUGUGUUGUAGGUUAGGUAAGUGUCACUGUUCAUAUUUGGAAAUUGAUAAUUUUAAAAAAUGAGAGAUUUAACCUUGUUCACUAGAAACAUCUAUCCAUUCCCAUAGCAUUUGAUAAUAUGAUCGAGAAGAGCAGUUAUUAUGCUCAGAGGUCUGGAUAAACUAAUCCUUCAGAGUAAUAAAAUAAUUGACAAUAUGAUUGUUUACUUUUGGGGAAAUUGAAUAUACAAGGGUAAGGCGAAUUUCACUGUCAAUCACGUUUCUAAAGAAGAUUUCACCUGUCUACUUUUAUAUCCUUGAUUAUAUUUAUGUGGCUGAUAAUUUGUGUUCAUGCUUUCAUUAUUAGUGCAUGAACAAAGAUUGUCACAGUACACUGUUUAUUAGAUUAUUGUGUUGCACAAUAUAAACCUUUUUUCUGCAGAAAAUAGAUUUGGCCAUUAUUAGUAAGCAGUGCUUCAUUGGUUUAUUUGGAAUAAUGAUGAGCAAAAUAGCUUGAUCAACACUUAACCAUUUUAAAUUACUUAGAGAUGAUGUCAGUUGUAAUUGAAAUGAGAUUUUCAUCUUUAUUAAUGUAUCAUAGAGUACGCAGUUCAUUUUUUCAUCUUUAUUAAUGUACCAUAGAGUAGUUAAUACUUUCACAGAUUUAGCAAGUUUUGAAGAUCUGGGAAUGAUAUAUCUUUCAGUUUAUGACCACUCCUAUUACUAUUAGUUAUAUUUGUGCUGAAUUGUUUUUUACUGUAAUAAUUUUUAUGUGCAUAAGUGCACAGAGAAAUUAGCAUUGCACAGGAUAUUCUGAAUAUAUUAGAGAAAUGUUAAAAUGAGAAGCAGAAGCAUUACUAUUAGCAUAACCUUCUAAACCAUGUUACUUUGACUCCAAAACUAGAUAAUCUUGUUUUAAUAAGAAAUAUUUUCUGAAGCAGAGCUAUUCUAGCUUUUACACAACCAGUCUAGCUGUAAUGAGCUAACAGUCAACUUAUAUUCCAAUAAUUUCACUAUUUUGUAUAAGAUUUCAUAGCCUGGGGGUACAUUAAAUAAAUUUUUUAUAAAUAUAGUACACUACUUUUUACUAAAUGUUUUCCUUCAAGAGGAAUAUUUUCUAAAUUGGGCAUUUCUGUUGUUUAGGGGACAAAGGACUGUGUAGCAUAGGUUGAGAGAGCAGUAAGGAAGAGAGUAGCUGCAGCAUGGGUAAAAUUAAGAGAGGUGGCUAGUCAUGGCUGGAAUACAGCUGGAAGAUCGGAUUACGAAUAAAGAACUGGUGGAGACUUGGUAACAAGAGGCAGGAAAAUUCCUGAGAUCUCAAAGAUUAGGUGGUUUGGACAUGUUAAGAAAAUGAGUGAGGAACACUUGGUAAGAAAAAUAAAUAUAGAUGUGGCAGGUUGAAGACUUUUAGGCAGACCCAGGAAAUCAGGGAGAAACAGGAUAGAUAAAGACAGACUUGAUGGCUGCUCAGGCAGAAAGAGGAGUUGAGGGAACUCGUUUUACUAAAAACCCCUUAGAGAGAGAAGCUGAUAUGAAGAACAUUUAUGAAGGUAACAUUAUUUUAAAUUGAAAUCCAAUGGUUUUCUUCAUACAUCUUAGUCCCUUUGAUGGCAUAGUGCAGGGGUGUCAAACUCAAAUCCUUUCGAGGGCCAAUUAUGCACUAGGUUAUGAUCUUGAGGGCCAUCAAAGAUUUAGUAAUUACUUUUUCCUUAUUCCUUAUGACUCAUUUAUUAAGAUUUGCAAUAAAAGAGCCUUAUUGCCAGCAAUUAUAUAUGAAAUAAAUUAAUAAAUUAUUGUCAUAUGAAUAAAAGGUAAAACUUAUUAUGUCUCGUUUUAACAGUUUGGUAACUUUAGUUAAAUUUUCCUCAGUUCUAACAUAGUACCUUGAGUUGUAAAAUCACUUGGCACCUCGCAGGCCACUUAAGACCAUCCUGUGGGGCCACAUUUGGCCCCUAGGCUAUGAGUUUGACACCCCUGGCAUAUUGAAUUAUAAAAUUGUACAUUUUAAGUGAUUUGUUAUUUGAGAGACGACGUGUAGGUUAAAAUUUAUGCCAGCAAUGGAUAGACAAAAAUUAUUACUUAUUUGCUACUUAAAAGUAAGCAUGCGUUUGCUUUGAUUAUUAUUUAGUAGUUGAACCAGAUCAAUGAGCUAAACCAUGGGAAAGCAUAUUUUACAUUAGAAAAAUUAUUUGGAAGAGAUUUGUACUAUACAGUAUUUCUGUUCUAUAGAAUUAGGCUUUGAAUUUAGUCAGUAAAAUAAUUGUAACAACUGAUGCUGGUCAUGAAGAUGUUUAUCUUGCAUUCUAUGAUCAUCUUUCAAUGCUUAAGGUGAUAUAGAUAAAUGAUUAAAUUUAUGUAAAUAACUCAACAUCAUCAUUAGAUUCCACAUCAUCUUUUUAGACUUGUCAUGCUAGAACUAUGAUUGUUUUUGUUCAUUUUGAUUUUUAAGAUAAUUUUUCAUACCAUAGUUGUAUUUUGACCAACUUUUUCUUGUAGUACUUUGUUGGAGAACAGUUGAUCUUUUGUUCAUUUUGAUUUUUAAGGGAAUUUUUCAUACCAUAGUUGUAUUUUGACAAACUUUUUCUUGUAUUUUGUUGGAGAACAGUUGAUCUUAUUAUUUUACUCUGAAUAAUGAUUACAAUUAGUUAGUCAACAAAGAGGGACUGAAGUUAAAUUUUCUAUAUUCUCAAAAAUCUGUUGUAAAAAUCUAUUCCUAAUUUGUAUUCUACACAUGCUGCUCUUUGCUUUUAGCCUUAACUAUUCUCAACCUUAUUAUCCUCUAUGUUUCAGCUUCCUCUUCACAUAAUAUUUAGUAAAUUAUUGAUUUGGCGUCUCCUAUUAUUUAUCUUGCUCCUCGUUUUUAUGUCCAUCCUAGUAAUCUCCCAUGCUUAAGCAUUUCCUAAUAUAAUUUCAUGGGUUCAUAGUAUGGUAAAUUUUUUUUUACCAUAGGUAGUAUUCUAAGUAGUAAAACUUUCCUAUCUCAUUUGCAUUGCUAUUUAGUUUAGUGAUUUUUUUAUUCACUUGUCUUCCCUUUAUAUUUAACAUCAUUCCAGGAUACCUGUCUUAAAAGAUUGUGUAGCAAGCUUUAUGGGUUUAGCAUAUAAUUGUUGUGAAAGAGAAUAUGUAAACAGAGAGGAUCACACUUGCUUUGUCAUUGAAGAGAUGAAUUCAGGAUAAGGAUGUAAGACUUUCAUUAGAACCAUUUUGAUAAUGGUGCUUUUUUAUUUUUUCUUAGUUAAUUUAUGAAAAAAUCUAUCUUGCCUUCUUUAAGAUUUAAUUUUUUGAAAAGGUAUUCAAUAUUUCUCACGAGAUACAAUGUCAAUAUUUCAAUUUUAUUUACUAAGUUGCUUCGUUGCAACAAUCCUGCCAUUUAUUGUGCUAGCCUUUUAACUGCUAGACCAAUAACUAAGGUGAAAAUUUUUUAUAUGAGCUUUCUUAAGUUUCUUAGGAUCGAAUAGAUUGCUCUUUAUGUCCUUAUGGCUAUGGUUGCUUGGUGUACAUUUGAGGUGUGGAAGAAUUUAUAGAUUAUUUAGUCUGAUGCUAUACAUCACCAGGAAUGCAAGAAUUAGCUUAUGUUCUGAAAUGUACUCUUAUUCAGAAGUGAUGAGGAUAUACAAAGUGCUUUAGACGGUAUAUGAUUAUCAUGUUAAACUAUUGAUUUUAGUGCUUUAAGUUUGUACCUUCACUAUAAUACUGGUUUUUUGCCCUUUACUCCUUCUAAUGCGAUUUCAACUGAGUGAAUGAAAAGGGAGUUUGAGGGUCCAUUGUAAAUUAAAAAUGUAAUACAGGUAUUCAAAAUAUACAUAUAUAAAUACUAA